GAUAAUAUCGAGCAAAAGCAGCUGGUGGAUAACAAUAUAAUAAUAUAAUAACAAUAUAAUAAUAAAUUGCAUGGAAAUGGAUGUUCUAAAGGCAGAAAUUGCACGCAAAAGAAAACUGCUUGAGCAAAAGCAGCUGGUGGAUAACAACAGAAAGUUUUUUAAGCGCGGAGACCUUAAUGCCAAAGAUACAGAGGAAAUUUUACAAAAGGUCGGCUACAAAAAACAGGAGUCGGUAGAAGCGCAGGGCCAGACCACCGAAGGAGCGUAUAGCUUUGUGGCCGAUGGUCAGAACAUACUGCCCCGCAAUGAAGUUAUACGUAGACUGAGAGAACGAGGCGAACCUAUUUUAAUAUUUGGCGAAAGCGAACCUGAUGCCUUUGAAAGAUUGCGUCAAUGCGAGAUCUCCCAACCAGAGGCCAAUCGUGGCUUCCGCAAUGACUUCCAAGAGGCCAUGGAGCAAGUAGAUGCAGCAUACCUACAAGAGAUGUUCGCCAAUGCGCCCACCUCUAAAGAGGACAAGAAAACAGAUUUGGCGGAACUGGACGAAUCCAUCUCUUGGGAGAGCAUAGAGAUUAUGGCACAGAAAAUGGGUCGAAAUAAGGACUAUGACAUGGAUGUCAUCAUUACUCUGCUAAUGUUUCUUCUGAAGCUCUGGAACGAUCAAAUUGCCAACUACAGCAAGCAUGAGAAGAUGUCCACGAAGGUUAAAAUGACACGAGUAAUUUACACCCAGACAAAGGAGUACGUUAAGCCAUUGUUCCGUAAGCUUAAGCAUCACACUUUACCUGAGGACAUUCUGGACAGUCUGCGUGACAUUUGCAAGCACUUAUUGAAUCGAAAUUAUAUAUCGGCGAGCGACGCCUACCUCGAGAUGGCAAUAGGCAAUGCCCCUUGGCCUAUUGGUGUGACAAUGGUGGGAAUCCACGCCCGAACGGGUCGCGAAAAGAUCUUCUCCAAAAAUGUGGCGCAUGUUAUGAACGAUGAGACACAGCGCAAAUAUAUACAAGGCCUCAAACGGUUAAUGACCAAAUGCCAGGAGUACUUCCCCACAGAUCCCUCAAAAUGUGUGGAAUAUGUUAGCAAAAAGGAUCGUGAAUAAAUCGCCGAUUUUCAAUCUUUACCCACUUCUCUUCUCAAUAGUUCGAAUAAGACCUUUUGUAUAUGUAUAUAGUAUUUAAUUACAUAAUAUCAAUGUAAUGCUCAAGUUUGUUACUUUAAUGGAACAGAAUAUAUAUAGUUAAGUAUAUCCUUUGGGUAAACCAGGCCA